AUGUUUAGACAUUCAAUUAAUUCAUUUAUUUAUAGAUCACUUUUAACACCUAAUUGUUGUUAUUUUAGUUCACAAAUCGCCAAAACAAAUGUUAAUUUAGUUAAAAGUGAUUUUAAACAACAACAACAACAAGAAUUAUCAGUGAAGACAGAGACCAAUGAGUUGACCACAACUCAAGAAACCAAUGUUUUGUCUGAAGAAGACAAACGGGCGCUCGCGAUGGUUAUCAAAAGUCCGGUAGAUUUGGACACAUAUUGGGAAAUGGCUUUAAAAGAGAAGAAGUUUGUUAAGAAACAGACGAUUCUCGACAAAAAGGGUGGUAUUUCUACCGAUUUAUUGAAAUUUCUUCACCACAAAUAUGAUAUAUCGAUUCCCGGUAUUAAACGAAGACUUCGUUAUUAUAUUGAGUUCAGAGAGAUAUAUAAUCAAAGAUAUAUUAAUAGAAGACAUACUAUUAUUGGUCCCGAAUUAGCGACGGCACACCUUGUGGUAUACCGAGGAGGAAGAGUUCAAUUCAGACACGCACCCAAUGUUUGGUACACUAAAUGCAAACAAUUUCCAAACAUUUAUGACGAAAGAUAUCGAUUGACAGUUGUGGACGCCUCGAAUAUAAAGUUAAGAUACGAAGCGUUGGAUAACUUUAUUUUACUAAAUUCACUACAAGAACUAAAUCUAUCGAAAAACAAACAUUUGGAUGACUUUGCGUGCGAUAAAAUUGCGCGACUCUUCAGAAAUUCAAAGAAUUUAACAACUCUUGACUUAUCUGACAACCCAUUGAUAACAAGUCGUGGUAUCGAAACAUUGCAUAGAAUUAGAUCAUUAAAAAAGUUGAUAAUAUCGAGAACUAAAGCUGCAAACUAUCCAUUCAUUGAUUUAUUGAUUAUUUUAUUCACUGAUGUGAAUCCAAAUUGUGAAAUAAUUAUUAAAUGAUUUUUAAUAAAAAUAUACUUUAACUAAAUUAAAAUUACAAAU